AUGCCGGAAGCCGCAAAAAUCCCCAUCAUUGACAUCUCGGCGGAUGGCGCCGAUCAAGCUCAGGUAGCCAAGGCACUGGUCGACGCCGCUGCCGAGUACGGAUUCGUCUACAUCAAGAACGCCGGAAAAGACAUAUCGGCAGAACAGAUUGAAAAUGCAUUCAAUGUUUCGCGGACCUUGUUCAGCACACCCACGGAGGAGAAGCAGAAAUGUAAAAUCCAGAAGAACAACCAAGGCUGGUCAGGCAUGCAUACUGAGACCUUGGAUCCCAAGACGCAGCGAGUAGGCGACUUCAAGGAAGCCUUCAACUUUGGCCCCUUUUCAGACGGCAAGGCCACGCAGCCCAUCCCGUCCACGCUGAGCGUGCACGAGGCGUCCAUCGGCGCCUUCCGGGGCGCCUGCGAGGCGCUCUGCCGCAAGCUGCUGCUGCUCUUCGGGCAGGGGCUGGGCGUGGACCCGGCGGACUUCUUCGAGGCGGCGCACUCGCCGGAGCGGCCCUCGGGCUCCAUCCUGCGCCUGCUGUACUACCCGCCGCCCAACAGCGGGGCGACGGCGGGGGCGCGGGGCGACGACCUGCGCGCCGGCGCCCACUCGGACUACGGCUCCAUCACGCUGCUGUUCCGGGUCCGGGGCCAGGCGGGCCUCGAGGUGCUGACGCCGGCCAACGCGUGGGCGCCCGUGCCCGUGUGCCCGCCCGGCACCGAGCACGACCCCUCGCCGCCGAUCCUCGUCAACAUCGGCGACCUGCUGUCGUACUGGACCAACGGGCUGCUGCGGAGCACGGUGCACCGCGUCGCCUUCGAGGCCGGCGGCGUCGAGGGCGAGUCGACCAGCGAGCCCCGGUACUCGAUCGCCUUCUUCUGCCACCCGGCCAGCGAGACGCGGCUGGUGCCGGUGCCGAGCCAGCGGGUGCGGGAGUUCAGAGGGGACCUGGACAGUGCCAAGGAGGGGAACCCCUAUGCGGAGCGCAUGGUGCUCACUGCGGAUGAGCACCUGCAGAUGAGGCUUCAGGCCAGCUACCUACAGCUGUACGAGAAGGAGAAGGCGGAAACUAAGUAA